CUAUUUCUUCUGGUUCUAGUAAAAUCCCUCUGUGGUUUGGAAGCCUCACGUGUUCCUGCUGAGGAAGUGCUCUCAGUGACUGGGGAAUCCUGUGACAGUAGCGAUGAAAUGGAUGCUAAGGAAAGCACCAACGAGAGAACUGCCUCUAGAAAAAAGAAAAGCAUGAGGCACAAAGAAAACCCUGAUGAGGCUGUUGGAGAGGAUUAUCCCAUUGACAUCUGGCUGUUGCUGGCCUCCUACAUACGUCCAGAAGAUACAGUGAAGUUUUCUCUGAUUUGCAAAAGAGCCUGGACUGUCAUUUGCACUGCUGCCUUUUGGACCAGACUCUACAGAAGGCACUACGCUCUGGAUGCGUACCUGCCUCUCCGUUUACGGCCAGAAUCGAUGGAAAGGCUGCACUGCCUCCGUGCGUGUGUCAUCUGUUCAUUAUACCACAUGUAUGAACCUUUUGCUUCUCGUGUCUCCAGGAAUCUGGCUGUUCCAGAGACUACCCCCAGCACUUUAAAGAAUUCCAACUGUUUGCUUUUCUGGUGCAGAAAGAUUGAAGGGAACAGACGAGAACCUAUGUGGGAAUUUAACUUCAAAUUCAAAAAACAGCCUCCCAGAUUGAAGAGUAACUGUUGCAAAGGUCUUCAGCCACCUGUUCAGUAUGAGGAUGUUCACACAAAUCCUGAUCAGGACUGCUGUCUGCUGCAAAUCACCACCCUCAACUUCAUCUUCCUGCCGGUAGUCAUGGGUCUGAUAUUUACCUUGGUAAGUGUUAAGAAAUCUGCAC